GCACAGCGCAGUUAAAAUUCUGGACAGGUCUCACCUGAUACUAAUAAAGAUGGGGGAAAAAUCAGAAGAUUUGAACAUUGCUACAGUAUGUGCAACGAUAAAUACAGGUCUAGAACAUUUAGGCAACCAAGAAUGUGUUGAGAAAUUGGGUUCCAGCUCCCUUUCAAGAACCGUCAAGAAAUUCAGAGGACGAAUCAUAUUUGAGCUUCCUGCACAGGACAUUAAAAAGGCUACUCAACUGAGGUCAGUGGAUAACUUGUCGGUUGUUCUCAACAAUAUUAGUGAUGUAGAUUUACACCAAGAGAAGGAACAAGUUAUUGAUGACCUAUGUAAGAAAAUCAUUGAAAGCAAUUGGAAGUUAGCCUUGGACACCUGGAGACAUUUCACAAAGUCUGAACUCUGUCUGGACCCUCUUCCUGGAAAACUACCCUCUGCAUCCUCCAAAUACGUAGAUGCCAAGACAACACCAGAGGUUGGCAUCAAGGACAAGAAUGAUGACAGUCCUGGAGAAGUGCCUCCUAAGGAAUCAUCUUUGAGGGAAGUGCCUCUUGCUGAUACUCCAUCUGAAGCAUUAGCAUCAGGAGAAGUUCCUCAAGGAGAAUCGACAACCACUGUAAACCGUCCAACAUUCCGAGUGACUUGCACACGAACAGGAGAGAAACACAAAUUCAACUCUCGGGACGUUGCCCCAGCAGUGGGUAGUUUGAUCAAUGAGACCUUUGGAUGGCCCGUCAAGAUGAAGGACUAUGACAUUGAGGUGGUGGUCAAUAUCCUGGAGGACUCGACCAUGGUGUCCAUAAGCUUGACCAAGGAAUCCAUGCACAGAAGGAACAUUACUCACUUUGGUAUAACGACUCUCAAGUCGACUAUCGCAUACUGCAUGCUUCGAAUGGCUCAACCUCAACCAGGAGAAGUUAUCAUUGAUCCUAUGUGUGGUGUAGGUGGUAUCCCUCUUGAGGGUUUGCUAGAUUGGAAAUCUUGCCACGUCGUUGCUGGAGAUAUGAAUGAUGUGGCAGUAGAAAGAACAAAAGCUAACUUAGAUUCACUAUCUGAAAGAAGGAGAAGUGAUCGUAUAGAAAGACCUGAUAUUGACAACGAUGUUCUACAGUGGGAUGUAACCAAUCUACCUCUAAAAUCUGCCUCAGUAGAUGUUUUUGUCACAGAUUUGCCGUUUGGAAAAAGGCUUGGUAGCAGAAGGAAUAACUGGUCUCUGUAUCAUAAAUGCCUAGAAGAGAUGGCCAGAGUUUGUCGGCCUGGGACUGGCCGUGCUGUGCUCUUAACACAAGACAAGAAAUGUAUGGUUCAGACCCUGCAGCGGUGCCACCACAUAUGGCGCAAGAAACAUGUCUACUUCAUAAACCACGGAGGACUCAAGGCCUGCAUCUAUCUUCUCCAGAGGCCAAAGGUUAAACAACGUCGGAACAAGACAGACGGAGAAGAUGAAGCAAGAGAUGAAGAGGAAGGAAUGGAUGAGAGUACAGAGCAAGAUGAUGAAAUGCAAAGUUCUUGACUAAGGAGCCUGGUAACAUGUGCUGCAGCUUGCUCGAGUGAAGACGGUGAUGGGGUAGAUCACCCUGAUAAGUUGGGUUAAAUGAAAUCAUAUUACAUGAUAUUCUUCCUACUAAAAUCAGAAUUUUCUUCUUGCCUAGACAAUUCAUUUUUCUUUACUAUUUUUCAGAAAAAUCGUGUCUAAUUGGGGGAAAAAAAAUUAAUAUUUAGUCAUAAUGGGCCUGUAUUCUGAAGUCGGGUUUAAAGUUGUGGUU